CAACUUGGCAUUUUUGUCCACCUCAUCAUCUUCGGAUAAGCUCUCUCUCCAUCUCCUCACAUCUCUUCCCAAAACUCUCAAAACAAAAAAAAUAUCUUAAUUAUGUCAUAUGAAAACUUUACAAUAUCUCAUCGUAUCUCUUCUUUGAAAAAUUCAGAAGAAAGCCAAAAAAAAAAAAAUGGCAGCUUUGGCAUCAAACGCUCAAAUGCUAACGAGACAAUGUCACAGUAAUUACAAGAAGGAACAGUUUUGGAGGAAAGAGAGUUUGAAUUGGGAGAAGAAGUGUGGGUCUUUUGUCAAGGUUUACAGUGAUAAGCUUGGGAGGUCACAGAUAGAGAAAGUGUGGAGAUUAAAAGCCUUUUGGUCAAACGUAUCACGGCCUGAGACUGUGGAGAUGGAACCCAUUAACGACGUCGACGAGCUCGAUGCUGUUCUCUCUCACGCACGCAACCUCUCCCAGCCCAUCAUCAUCGAUUGGAUGGCUUCUUGGUGUCGAAAAUGUAUUUACUUGAAGCCAAAGUUGGAGAAAUUGGCGGCGGAAUACGAUAACAAAGCAAAGUUUUACUACGUGGAUGUGAACAAGGUCCCUCAAACCUUGGUGAAGCGUGGAAACAUUUCGAAAAUGCCCACCAUUCAGUUAUGGAAGGAAGAUGAGAUGAAAGAGGAAGUGAUAGGAGGCCAUAAAGGAUGGCUUGUCAUCGAAGAAGUUAGAGAGUUGAUCAACAAAUAUGUCUGAUUCUCAUUUUUUUCCCUUCCUCCUCUCUUUUUCCAUUUAUCUGUACAGUCCCUUUGAUUUUACCUUUUCUGAUAUAUGAAUGAGAGAUAUCGAGAAUUUGGUAAACAGAACUAGUGAAUUUUGUUUUUAGUCUUAAAACAAUCCUAGAAACUGGGGAUUAUAUGAUCAACUAUAUAAGUUUGGUACUUGUAACAAGAUCGUCGCUUUGGCC